UCCACCCACUUGCCUGGUCAUCCGGGGCCCUGUCGACCCACCAUGUCUUUCUUCGGCUUUGACACCAACCUCCCCAGGGACAAAGGCCACUCCACCAAUGCCCCAGGUUUUGGCCACCACGAUGCCUUUGCUGGUCUAGGCGGAGGCGUCGAUGGCGAUGCUAUUGAUUUCGAAGAAACCUACGAUGGACUGGGCGAGCAGCUCGAUGAGACCAACGAUGCAUUCAACGACGAUACCUUCGGCGGUCCUACCUCUCAACAGGGCGUGGGCAAGGACUUUGACUUCGCUGGCGAGACCUCCAAGAUUGCCGGCACCAUUCAUGAGGAGCAGAUGCUUUUCCAGGCCCGCCAACCCCCCUCUCAGCAGAAACCCUCGAUCCCGUAUGCGUCCAAACCCGCAAGGACUGGCUAUGAGAGCUACAACAACCCGGAAUACAUCCCUCAAUUGGAAGCGCGCGCCGACAUCUGGGGUUUGAAGCCCAAGCAGUCGACUGCUGCUGCAAAGCAGUCUGAAAUUGAGCCCGAACCGCUGCUUCAAUCUCAUCAACUUACCGGCGUUCCCGCCAGGAAGAUGAUGAGUCUUGAUGAGGUCGAGGCCAUGAUGCGCGGCCAGUCCUUCCAGGACGCGCCUGUCCCCAUGAUGUCGCAAGCUCCACCCCAAUCCUAUGGCCAGCAACCCGCACCUUUCCCACAUCAGAUGCCUCAUGGCCAGCCGCCAUAUCCUGGCAUGCCAGGCCAGUUUGCUCCGCACAUCCUGCAGCGUCCACAGCAACCUCACCCUCAGCAAGGCCCGCCUAGACAGCAGCAAAUUCAUGCUGAGCUGCCAGCCCAACCCAUUCACCCGCAACAGCCUCAGCAGUCUCAACAGCCCCAACAUCCUGCCAUGCUUCAACGCCAGAGACAACAACAGCCCCCUGUGUCUCAGCCCCAAUCUCAGUCACAACGCCAAACCCCGCAGCCCGCACCCCACCAGAGGCCACCAUCUCAACCGAGACAGAUAUUGCAAAAUCCCAACCGCCUGUCCGGUCAUGGGCAGCCGAUGAUGCAACAAGCCCAUCCUGGACCUCGGGGAUCUUUUCCUGGACACUCUCGAGGCCCUUCAUUCCCUGGGAUGGUCAUCACCCAUCCGGAACAGCUAAUGGCUCUCUCCAAGGAAGAGCGUGAGGCCUACCUUGAAGAAGAUGCAAAGCGUGCUAAGCGCAAUCACAAGAUCUUUGAACUUUCCAAGGAUAAUGGUCUCAUGACACCGCAAGACAAGAACUUCAUCACGCGCAUUCAGCUUCAACAGCUGAUGUCUGCGACCGGAAACUUGGACGAGAAGAGUCCGGAGGCACAGAUUGCCGAGGACUUUUACUACCAGGUCUUCAGCUCCAUUCGUGGUGCGCCCCGCCAGAAUCCUCAUCAGCCCGCCAACCAAUUUGCUCAAACAUACCUAUUCCAGACCAAUAGUCGAUUCGGAGCGCGCAGACAGGGACGCGGUGGUGAUAAUCACAUGCAGCGCAUGGAGCAGCAGGUCCAACGCGCUGUCGAGGCUGCCAAAGCAAAACCAAAAGGCAAACAGCUUGUCAUCGAAGGCAGCUUGGGCAAAAUUUCCUUUAGUAACUCCAAGACGCCAAGGCCUUUGUUGAAUCUUAAGCGCCCAGAGACGGGUGAUAAAUUGAAACAGAACAAGUCACUAGUUGCGGACAGGAAAGAUACCUUGCGUAAUAUUGAGGCUGUCUACAUGACUUUGAUGCAUCUGGAGGAUCACGAUCGCACUCGUCCACCUGCGAUCGCCGAUGGAAGUCCUCCCGAGGCGAUCCAAGCUCAUAUGGAAUGGCGUACCAAGACGGAAGAUCUACACAAGAAACUCUGGCAAGACAUCAAAAUCAUGGAGCCUAUCAAUCCACAAUCCACGACUCCGCAUCCAUUCAUAUCCAUCCUUUCUUUCGCCAAAGGCAAGAAGGCGAUUCAACGCAUAUUUUCGCACAUCGACGAGCAAGAGCGCAUCACGGUGGUUACGAUGAUUGUGGUUCAUCUCGAUCAACUCUCUGUCGUCGCCCACGCUGUGACUAGUCAGGAUGAGCCUUUGUCUCUCACUAUCCGCGAAGAAGUCGAAUUGUUCUUGGCAACGGUAAUACCUCCACUAUUUGCCCACAUCUCUGAGUCUCCCCUUAACAUCAUCAUCGGAUUGUUGGGCCUCGUUCUGGAUCGAACAAAUAUGCACAUUGUUGCAAGAACCAAGGUUGGAAUGUCGUUGCUUACUAUUCUGAUUUCGCGCGCCGAACUCUUGAAACAAUCUCCACCAAAGCUCGACCCAUCGGAUUGGGAGCACUGGACGGAGCUCUACAACCGUCUCUUCGAUGUAGUGGAGCCAGUUUUACCCGUGAUCUUCCCGGGCAACGUUAACGACACCGAUGACAUGUAUGUAUGGCAAUUCCUGGCCUCCAUGGGUGUUGGUGCCAGCCCCGAACAGCAACAGAGACUUGUAUUGGGAGUCAAAGACCGGGUCAUGGAGACUGUGACGGUGAGCAAGGCACUUCCCGCUGAGAUGGCAGGAGCCAGGCUCGCCAAUGUCAACCUAUUCAUGAGGGCUAUUGGACUGGACGUUGAGCUACUUGGAUGA